AUGAAGCAGCCACGCCGCGAAGAUGCGCUGUCCGUCCUUACACCACUCAAGCGCUCACGACUGAUGCAGAUGCCCCGCGAGAUCCACCUGCUCCCCAAGGUCACAAAGCUAAUCGCCGAGUUCGCCAUGACAACCUCGGAAGCCGCGCGAGAGGCAGCAGCAACCAAUCAAACGCAGUGGCUCGAGGAGCUCUUGACGCUACCGGAAUUUCGUGAUAGAAUGGACGAAACGGCUCAAAACCUCACGGAAAUCGCUGCAAUCCAUGGCCAUUCCGACGUUUUAGUGACAGUCUACAAAUGGUGGGACCGUCUAAGCGCGAGACAAAAGCGACGAGUUGGCUGCGGUCGUGCACAUUUAUUGGCACUUGAGAAUGGCAACUUCGAUGCCUUUGUGGGGCUCCAGUGUCUUUACAAUGAGUGGGAUAUGGGUGAGGGGCUAAAAAGUGCUUUGGAAAAUGGGCAGCAAACGGUUGUGGACACAAUUUGCAAGAAUCUGCCACACUCAAAGACGUUGGCGUGGGGCUCUACACUCGGUCGAAAAGUAGUGAUCGAUCUUGUGUUAAGACAACCAAAGUUUGACAUUAAGAAGCGGAGAAAGAGUGUGUAUCGUGCGAUGGCAAUGGCAGCACACAAUGGUCAUUUUGUGAUUGUCAAGUUUUUCAACGAAAAUUAUGGAAACGAGUUGUUUCUCGAAGAUGAGAUCAAAAGUGACGGAAUUGAAGAGAAAGAAAAGGACGGAAACCGGAAUGGAGAAGAAGAAUCUAACGAUGGUGACGACGAUGAUGACGAUGAUGAUAGUGAUGAGGAGGUUUCUGAUAAUGACUGUCCGCUAGCCUCUGCAGUCAAAGCUGGUCACCUUGAUAUUGCCAAAUAUUUGUAUACCAAUAACGGCUACAAGUCUUCUUCGCUGGAAAAAGUAUUAGUUGGUGCAGCCAGCUGCGGUCCUUUGGAGCUUGUCAAGCUCUUCUAUGACGAUGGAAAAUAUGAUUCUUUGUCACCGUUUGGAAGUGCAUUCGAGUUUGCUGCAGGUGGUGGUCAAGUUGAGAUCAUGACGUUCUUUCGUUCGAAAGAAGAGUUUGAUGCUGGUAGUUUCGAUGACGCAUUUGUGAUGGCUGCAACUUUUGGCAAAGUGGACGCGAUUAAGUAUCUGUACUCUGUCGAAGAGUAUAAACCUUCGAGAUCUUCGGUAGGUAGCGCGCUGGAACAUGCAGCUAGUGAGGGAUACGCCGAAGUGGUCGAACUUUUGAUUGUCAAAGAAAAACUUUCUCCCGAACUGGUCAUGAAGGCUUUCAAAGCGGCCGCCAUAAACAUGGGCCCCUCCUUCAAAGUUGCUCGCGACCAAGCUGGAGUUCUCGAGUGUUUGUUUGCCACGGGAUAUAUCACUCCCAGCUUCAUCAAGAGUCUAUUUGAGAACGCCGCUCGUCGAAGUAGCUUGGAUGUCGUUGAGUUUUUGUAUGCGAAAGGUGCGAUUCCGCCGGGUAUGGCUAACACAGCAUUUGGAUUAGCAAUCCGAGAAAAUGGAGGCGAUGUCGUGGCGUUUCUAGCCAAGACUGGAGCCGUUCCGGCAACGAUGUUUGAGGGCGACUUGGGCUGCGCUGUUGUUGACAGUGAUGUGUAUACUAUUGCUAGCCUCUACAACAAUGGAUGUAUUUCGCGAGAGUUAUUGAAACGAGUGUCACAAGGCGAAAGGCAUGGUCAUAUUCGGGUCGAGCGGUUUUUCAGGCAGCAUCUAAGGCGCUCGUGUCCUCAAAUCACAGUGACGAACCACAACGAAAGCAGCGCAGACGAAAUUGACAAUGACGCCUAUGAUUUCCAUCAACUCAAGUGUCUUGACACAGAAUUGCUACCCCAGACUAUUCGAUCACUUCCUCACGUGAUGAAAUUGGUCGAUUUGUUCUGCAUGUCGGUGGACACGGCCAUGUUGGAGGCGGCAGCUACGGGCGAAAUUGAAUGGUUGAAAAUACUAAUGCCGCGAUUUGUAGGCAAUAUAGAAGACAUGGUCUACAAACUCACGGAUCUUGCUGCUACGUAUGGCCAUACUGAUGUGAUCAGAGCUGUCCAUACCUGGUGGAAAUCUUCUGGGGAGAGUGGUAAUAUAAGUUGUGCUCGCGCAAAAUUAAUCGCGGCAGAUCUAGGCCGUUUGGAGGCAAUGAAGUGUCUGCUUGAGCUGUACAGGAUUGACACUCUAGAUCCGCUCAAACGAGCCUUGGACCAUGGGCACCAUGACAUUGUCGAGGUGAUUUGCAAGGAAAUGGAUCCUGAAUUGUCCCUGCCGUGGGCCGCACAGCACCGUGAGCUUGAAGCAAUCAAGCAAAUAUACCAUCAUCGCCGCGACGCGGACAUGUGGGAGUUCUUGCAGGCAGUGAUGGCUGCAAUCUCAAGCGGUAACUUUGAAAUCGUCAAAUUCUUGAACGAGACGUGUGGUGAGGACCUGUAUCAACGGGGUACCAACCAUAAGGAUUGUUGCCCACUGACAAGAGCGAUCGAGUGUGGCCAUGUGGAAUUGGUGAAGUAUCUAUACGCAAACGGAUACAAGGCCACUUCAUUUGAAAUAGCCUUCUCGGCUGCGGUGAGCUAUGGACCAUUAGAGCUCGUAGAACUCUUCUGCGGUGAUGAGAGGUGCAGUGCUGCAUCGAUAAACCAGGGCUUUGUAGUUGCAGCUGGAGCGGGCCAACUGGCGAAUAUGAAAUGUCUCCAGCUAAAGCAAGAGUUUGAUGAUUCAAUGCUGGCAGAGGCAUUCAAAAGAGCAGCAGGCUGUGGUCAAACUGAAGUCGUCGAGCACCUAUACUCUGAAAGAGAUCAAAUCUCGACCUCAGCGUUCGAGGAAGCAGCGAUUGUCGCAGGUGGUGGUGGGCAUCUCAGUGUGCUGAAGCUGCUGGAUGGCAAGAAUCCCAUUUCUGAUGAGUUGGCGGUGAAAGUCUUUUUGAGUGCAGCUAAGGACAAGGGACUCCGAUGUUCGGAUAUCGACGAUCAAGUCGGGGUAUUGGAGUUCUUGCACGCCAAAGGAUGUAUCGCUUCUGACGUGAUUGUUAAGGUGUUUCCAGAAGCGGCAGGCAGCAGCUCUGUCGAUGUCAUGGAGUUCUUGUAUACUACUGCAUCAAUUCCAUCUUAUGUGGUGGACGAAGCCUUUGAAAAUGCUUCGUACGAUAAUUGCGUCGAGGUAGUGGAGUUUCUAUACAAGACUGGGGGCGUUUUCGCAAAAACGAUCGAAGAGACAUUCAUGGUUUCUGCACGUGAUGAGGACAUGUACUUUGUCGAGUGUCUGUACAACUGCGGAUGCGUUUCACGGGAGUUACUGGAAAAGGCUUCGCAAUCAGCGGAAACAACCAGUCUAUUCCAUUUGUUCUUGAGCCGUACUCGGGACAAUGAGGCGCUGAAGAAAGCGUUUGCGUAGCUGAUGUAGCAGGUGUGAAAAUACAGGCAGAGCUGACGGAGAACGUUGCAAAAGGUUAGAAUUCAAAGCGUUAUAUAUGCAGCGCCGAGGCAGACGAGUUUCGUUGCUCUAGUUCCGACCGGAUCGAUGACCUCCAUAAGUUUACUUGGAAGCAGUGC